AUGCUCGGCGUCGUGUGCUUCAUGUGCCCGGGCAUGUUCAAUGCGCUCACGGGCCUCGGCGGGGGCGGGCAGGUGGAUACGACGGUGAGCGCGAAUUCGACGGCGGCGCUGUAUGCGACGUAUGCGUUUUUUGGGUUUUUUUCUGGAUCGAUCAACAACAAGCUCGGCGCGAAGCUCACGCUCCUGCUCGGCUCGUGGGGCUACGCGCUGUACAUCUCGUCAUACCUCGUCGUGAACAUCCACCCCGGCGCAGGCGACUACGUCAUCGUCGCCGGCGCGAUCCUCGGCGUGUGCGCGUCGCUGCUGUGGACCGCGCAGGGCGCGAUGAUGAUGGCGUACCCGACCGAAGCGCAGAAGGGGCUGUACAUCGGGAUAUUCUGGACGAUCUUCAACGUCGGCGGUGUUGUGGGCGCUGCGGUGGCGUUUGGGCAGAAUUUUAGGGCGAGUGAGAUCGGUAACGGGACCUACAUCGGCUUUCUCGUGCUGAGCACCAUCGGGGUGGCGAUCCCGCUGUUCAUGAAGUCUCCCAAGCACAUGAUCCGGACGGACGGGACGCGCGUGCAGACGGUGCGCCAUCCGUCGUGGCGCGCCGAGUUCUGGAGCCUGUUCGUGGCGCUGAAGACGGACCCGAUGAUCUUGUUUUUGUUCCCGAUGUUCUUCGCGUCCAACUAUUUCUACACCUGGCAGUUCAACGACUACAACGCGGCGAUCUUCGACAUCCGCGCGCGCGGGCUGAACAACCUCGUGUACUGGACAUCGCAGAUCUUCGGCUCGAUGUUCAUCGGGUACUGCGUGCUCGAUCUCUCCUCGCUGCGACGGCGCACGCGCGCGUUUUUGGGGUGGGCGCUCGUGUUCGGGAUGGUGUUCGUCGUGCACGUGUGGGCGUUCUUCUACCAGCGCACGUACACGCGCGCGGGCGAAGCCCAAGUGGGGGUGCACAAGAUCGAUAUUUACGACGCGGGGUAUGCGGCGCAUGUGUGGCUGAUGAUAUUUUAUGGGCUGUUGGAUUCGAUGUGGCAGACGUAUGCGUAUUGGCUUAUGGGCGCGAUGUCGAACGAUCCGGCGAAGUUGGCUGUGUUUGCUGGGUUCUACAAAUCGUUGCAGUCCGCGGGGGCCGCAGGCGUGUGGCGGGCCGACGGUGUUGGGUUGCCAUACAUGAGCAUCUUCCUCUCGACGUGGUGUCUGUCCGCGGGCGGAAUGGUGUGCGCGCUGCCGAUGGUGUAUCUGCGGGUGAGGGACCGCACGGAGAUCGAAGACGAGACGCUGUGA